GUUGACGACGCAAAGCCAGAGCCCGCCAACACAACCAUCCAACCAGCAACUCCCACCACCUCCAUCCUCCCAAAACUCUCCCCUCCCCUCCCUCAAUUCAUUUCAUUCCCCUCCAUCUUCAUCUCCCCUCUCUCGCUCCUCUUCACCCACGACAUUCGACCCCACUCCUAUCCAAACCAAUUCACUUCUUAAUCCAUUUUGUCUAAAACCGCUCACAUGUCCACUACACCAAACCCCGCCCCGCCGGCCUCCGACAAGGCUGCCAGCAAGCGACGACGAGGCCAGAAGAAAUCCGUCGACGAAGCUACCAAGCCCGCUCCCCUGACCUCCGUCGAGGGUGAGAAUGCUUCCUCCACUGCCGAUCCGACAUCUCCAAUUGAAGCCACCAACACCGAUACCCCUCCUGCUGGAACUUCAGAGUCCGGAGCGGCCGCGAAGGGCGAGAAGCCCGAGAAAGAGUCACUCAAGGAUGUUGCUAGGAGACUCAAGCGACAGGCGAAGAAGCUGGACAACAUCAAACGCUCCGAGGACAAGAUCAAGGACUUGCCUGAGGACGAACAGGCGACCACGAGAUUGAUCAACGCCGACGAACGAAAGAAGCUCCAGGACAAGCCCGUCACCUUGGCCUUGCACAAGGAGCUCCUGGAGGUUUACGAUAAGCUGAAGUCACUGGCCGACGCUGAGGACAAACAGAUCGAGGACCGCUUGGUACAGCAGAAACGCUUCUACGAAGCCAGGAUUACGAGGGCCAUCAAGCAAGCAAAGAAGGAAGGUCUCAAGCAGGGAACCGAAGAGGGCAACCACAAGGUCGACACUUUGCUCAAGUUCUUGAGAUUAGCCGGCUACAGGAGGUCGUUCAAGAGUGGAAAUGUCGAGGAGGAUGAGGCCAUCGAGCAUGUCUUGGUGCUCGUGUAUUCCGGUGAAGGCAUGAAUACCUGCCUCAAGUUGGCCGAAGCGUCUACCGAUUUUGUUGGGGAGGACAACCACUUCUCCUUUGCCCGCAUCAAGGAACUCGCCAUGAGUCUCCAGAUUGACGAAGAAGAAGAGGUCGAAGAACAGCCAGCCGCCGCUGCCACGGAUGUCAUCGAGCCGACCACCACCCAAGUUGAUGCCUCUUCUGGCGACAACCCCACCCCAAAAGAGGACGCUGGCGCCACCAUUCUGCUUCCGACGAGCGCCGACGGCGCUGAGCUAGAAGCUGCCCCUUCUGCUCCGGAGGCCACAACUACCGGGGACGAAGCGGCUAAUGCUGCCGGUCUUGCUACCUCUUCAGAGCCGCACUCAUCUCAGGAGAUCCAGAGCGGCUGGGUUGAUCUUGCUGCCCCCGUGGAGGCUUCUUCUCUAUCUUGGGCCGAUGAUGGAAAGGUCUCCGACGAGGCUGCCGAUACCGCGCAACCGACUACCACACCGGCGGCACCUUCCGGCGAGCCAAAGGAGAAUACCGAAUUCCAAGACGUUGAACGCAAGCAGCGUGGAAGGGGCGGUCGUGGUGGAUACCGUGGCAGGGGAGAAGGAUACCGUGGAAGGGGCGAAGGAUACCGUGGAAGAGGCGAUGGUUUCCGUGGUGGUUUCCGUGGAAGGGGUGGUUUCCGUGGCGACAGAGGUGGUGACCAUGGCGAACAUGGUGACCGUGGCGACCGCCCUGAGCGUGGUAACCGUCCUGAGCGUGGUGACCGCCCCGAGCGUGGUGACCGCCCCGAGCGUGGUGACCGCCUCGAGCGUGGUGACCGCCCUGAGCGUGGUGACCGUCCCGACCGUGGUGACCGUGGCGAGCGUGGUGAAUUCCGCGGUGGACGUGGCGACCGCGGCGGACGUGGGGGCUACAGAGGACGUCGUGCGAACUUCAACAGGGAGGACGCCGCCCCAGCUGCCGCCCCAACUGCUGCGCCAGCUGCCACCCCAGCCGCUCCAUCCCAGCCCAUCUCCACCUAAACUAACUGUAUGUUCUUCUCCUUUGUGUUUCGUUCUGUAGUGUCUGGUUCGGUACGCUUUGGAGUUUACGGUACGGUUUGAACGGGAACGCUGUAUGGUUUGAGGGGGACAGAGAGCAUUAGGCUUGUAAAAAACGAGAGGAUUAGAUCUCGUUUUU